AUGAAGAUCCAGUGUGAUGUAUGUGAUAAAGAUGAAGCAAUACUCUUCUGUAUUGCAGAUGAAGCAGCCCUUUGCGACGCCUGCGACAGUCGUGUCCAUCAUGCCAAUAAGCUGGCCGGAAAACACCAACGCUUCUCCCUCCUCCAACCUUCACCUAAACAGGCUCCUGUCUGUGAUAUCUGUCAGGAGAGGAGGGCCUUCUUGUUUUGUCAACAAGACAGGGCAAUUCUAUGCAAAGUGUGUGAUGAAUCAAUACACAAAGCAAAUGAGCACACUUUAAAGCACAAUAGGUUUCUUCUCACUGGUUUAAAACUUUCUGCAACCUCUGCCCUUUAUCCUUCAGCACCAUCCACAUCUUGUUUAACCAGUGUUUCUGACUCUAUUCCAACUAAUAAAAAGUCCCAAUAUGCAAGAAAUAAGCCUGCUUCUCUUCCCUCAACCAAACAACAUAGUACUGAUGCAAAGGCCACGUCAACAGAUGAAAGCUCCAUGGCACAGGCAACCCCGCCACCUCCACCUCCACCAGCAGCUGAGAAAGGCGGUGAGAACCAGAAUAGUCAAGCGUUGAUAAAUGGAGGGUAUAAUUUUUCAACAAGUAGCAUAUCAGAAUAUUUGAUAGAAAUGCUACCAGGGUGGCAUGUAGAAGACCUUCUUGAUUCUUCAUCUACUUAUGGUCUCUGUAAGGCUACAGAAAAUGAUGUGUUGUCAUUAAAGAAUGAUGCUGGUUUUGAGGGCAAUCCAAGUGGUUUAACCCCAGAAAAUAUGAGCAGUUGGGUCCCUCGAGCCCCUUGUUUACAUCAGACACAAAAUCAAUUAUAUCCUCCUUUAAACAUGGCCUUUUGGGAUCCAAAUCUUAAUGGGAUGAAGGAGUCUAAGGAAGUUACAGACAUCAAAUCCAGCAGAAAGCGGAGUGAUGAAUGUUCAUUCGCCGUUCCACAGAUCAACCCACUUUCCAAGAAAUCAAGAACUUUUUGGUAG